AUGCCGUUCCUACAGACGCUGGCCGGCUACGCCGCGCCAAUCUUCCUCAUCUCGUCGCCGAUCAUCUCGUACGCCGACCAGGCCAUGGCGAUGCACCGCAAGAGGUCGAGCGCCGGCUUCUCGCUCGACAUCCCUCUGAUCAUGCUCGUGGCCUGCAUGUUCAGGAUCUUCUACUGGUUCGGCGCGAAAUACGACAUUGCCCUGCUCAUCCAGGCCUUUACAAACAUCUUCAUGCAGGUUAUCUUGCUCAAGAUUGCCCUUGACCACCGCCCGUCCCAUUCCUCGCGCGGCGGCGACGCUGCCCUUCCCUUCGCUGGCUCCCAGGACGGAUUCAUGGGGAUACAAAGACCUUACAACUUCUGGCAGUGGCGGUCUCCCAAGCCAUACUGGCAAUUCCUGCUAUACCUAUUCAUCACCUUGACCGUCCUCGAGCUGAUCAUCGCCCCCUUCGAUUCGUUAUAUCCUACAUACUGGGGGCUUCUCGGAAUCAUCGGCCUGGGAGUCGAGGCAACCUUGCCCAUCCCUCAGUUGCUGGCCAAUGCGAGGUCGCAGUCGUGCCGCGGGUUCCGCCUCUCCCUGUUGGUCAGCUGGAUCCUCGGAGACACACUGAAGAUGUACUGGUUCUUCACGUCCACCACCGAGAUCCCUCUGGCCUUCAAGGUGUGUGGUAUGUUCCAGGCCGGGUGCGACCUGAUGCUCGGCGUCCAAUACCUCAUGUAUGGCGAGAAUGAGCCCGCCAGCAGGCCCCAGCAGUGGCCUUAUGCUGGCAUGAAGCCGCACCUUCCUCGCAUGUCCAGUGGGAGGUCAACGCCCACUGGGAGGAGGACUCCUCUGGGGGAGAAGACAUAUUAG